AUGAAUCUACGUGGCUUCUUCGUCUUCGUUUUGAUUGCAGUGGUGCAAUCAAAAAACAUCCUCAAGUAUCAUGACUGCGAUUGGAUAGUUCCGUUACCGUGCGGUUUACACGUUCUCGAAUGCAAGAAUCGGCCAAAAGGCGAGGGUUAUCAGACAGUUGGUUAUCCUGUCAUGGAGCAGAAGGAGGGUGUUAUUUUGGCGUCAGAGACUAAGAACGUUAGUUGA